AUUAACUGGAAGGAUUUGAAAGAGAAGAAAUCCAUAUUUUUUAGAUCUGGAGCUCACAUGAGAAUCUUUUGGAUCAUGUCACAAAAAUGAGAUAGGUUCUCUGACUUUUCCGAGUCUGCAUGCACUAAUGUGGCUUGACUUUGACCAUAAGAGCCAAAUUCAUUACAAACAAAAAUCACUACAGAUCUAUGGAGUCUAAUAAUUGAAAGAGACUUAUGUUGUGGUCUUCAGAGUGUAAACAUUGUGCACGUACAGCAGCUAACACUAACACGGGUUCUCAAGUGUCAUUGUGUUUUUCCAUAUUAUAACAGAGGGAGAGUUUUGUGAGGGAUUUUUGAGUUUACUGAGAUUUUCUAGCAACUUUUAAUUUACAUUGCAUCUGCAUGUAGAUGUUUUGGGUUAACAAGAUGGCAUCAAUUCCAUGCACAUGUAGUCAGCAUUUCCUUUUGUUAUUCUGACUUCUCUGGUUCCAGGUCCAGCUACUUGUCAUAUUCAUGUGUGUGAUUUGAGAAAGAUUUUCCGAGCAGCCUUUGCUCUUGGUUCUCCUAAUAUUUGUGCAGUAAACAGGACUGAAGUCUGGCUGUAGUUGAUAAACAACCAUUGUGAAUUAGGGUUUGUCUGCUUUGUGUCACAUUGUCCAAACUAGACAAAGAACAUGCAGAAAAGGCUCAACGCAGGAUCCAUCAAGCUUAGCUGAAAGUUAACAGAUGUCUGUCUCUUAUCUUUGGUUUUAGAGAAUCUGCUUGUCAUACGCUGUUUCCUCUUUUCUCUCCCCAGGAUAAUGCUUCCUCCUCUCAAGACUGUGUUUCAGCCAGAAGGGAGAAAUAUAUAAAUAUUCGGCAUCACCCCACUGCAUUCCUCUGGAAUCAAUCAGUAAUUUUUUAGGCAUAUGUGAUGUGAAUCCAGAGCAACUGUUCGGCUUGGUGCAUCUGUAGUGGUGGGCAGUAUUAAGAGUUAGAGAACUUCCAGAGUUUCAAGGUGGGGCCAUCUGUUGAUUGUGGAUUCACUUUCAUACAAAACAGAUGGCUUUUUCAUGGUGUAAUUUCUGUUCCACAAUUUGUAAACUAUACAUUGUGUGUAGCUCUGUUCAUGCUUCCUGUUUUGAAAGUACUGACAGUGCAGGGUUUGUUUUUGAUGAUAAGUUGCAAAGAUCCUGACCCCUGACCCCCUGACAGUAGAAAACAUUUAAGUCUAACCUUACAUGUAGAGAGGGACGGCUCCCCUGCCUGCUGGUUCCACAGGAGAGGAAUUUGAUAUUUGAAUGUUUUGCCUCACAUUAUGAUCUUGGAGACUCUGGGAACCACAACAAAGCCUGCAUUUUAAGAGUGAGGUGAUCAUUUUGGAUAAUAUGAUACUAUAAGCUAUUUAAUAUAUACAAGUAUAUAUAACGGAGCUUGGUCAUUAAGGGCUUUGUGAGUAAGGAGCAGGAUUAUGAAUUCAUACACUCAUUAGGGAUAUAUUAUAGGGAGGGAGCCAAGACAAAUCUAACAUAAUCUUCAUCAUCAAUCACUGUUUGCAUCUGCCUGUCUGCCUGUCUGCCAGCCAGAGCAUGUAGACAUGUUUCUUUGAUUGGGAAUGUUCACUGCACAACCUCUGUGUUUGUGUGUGUGUGUGUGUGUGUGUGUGUGUGCGUGUGUGUGUGUGUGUGUGUGUGUGUGUGUGUGUGUGUGUGUGUGUGUGUGUGUGUGUGUGUGUGUGUGUCUGUGUGUGUCUGCAUUUGGGUCCUGAAAUCUUUUUGAUGAAAUCCAAAUGUCUCCCACCCACAAAUCUGUGCUUUUUAGUUUGUAACUACAUUUGUCAGGUAUGAUUUCUCACUCAAGCUUCAGCAGCAGUUUGAAGCUAUGUGGUCUUUUUAUUCACCGACCACCUAGUUAAGUUGGGUCGAGUGCAGCUUUUCAGAAACUUUUCCCCCCAAACUUACUGGCCACCUUAGACUUAAAGUGAACCAAGCAGUGUCAACAUCGUAAAUAAUCAAACAUUUUAUUAUAGUUUGCGACUCUUUGAUUGAGUUUAACUUCCUACUCGGAGGAUUACAGUCAAGAAUCCUCACUAAACCAUACAUAUCAUCUUCUAUUCAAACCCUUUUCCAACAGGUCAUUAUGUUAACAUUUGUGUGGUCUUUUGAAGGAAUAUUCCAUUAUUAUUUAUAUUGUGAGAGGCAGACUAAUAUGAAUAUAAAAGUCAAAGAAAUUAUUGUUUCUGGAUGUACCACAGUAAAUCUCAAUGUUAGGUCCUAUAAAAAAAAUAAUUGUAAAGCUUCAUCCUUGAGAGUUAUAUGGUGAAAAUAUCACAGAGCAUGCACUGAAAUGCAGAAUAGGGUUAUAUUCUCUUGUGUAUUUUACAUUUACAGUUAUGGGCCAGAAUUGAAGAGGAUGUUCCACUGGAGCAGGUCCCCUUGCCGCCAAACCGUCCUCUUUACAGAUGUUUAUGAGAAUAUCUAUCAAGGCAGGAAUUGCCUCCUCAUUGGGAUGAAGUGUUUUUAAGCAAAUAAUAGCUGUGUAAAGUGGUAGUGUAUGUUUUUAAAAAAAAGGAGGACAUGGAUAUUGUUCAUCUUUGGACAGGGAGUUGUGUUGUGUUGUUCUGUGCACUUCCCUAAAGACGGGAAGCAGAUAAAGUCUUUCAAACUCUGCCUCCAAUUUUCCUGUUCCGGUGGAGGUCAUGAACAUCGAGGCCCACGCUGAGGUUAAUCUGCAGCAUGAUAAUGGUUCUCUUCUGUCUGUAGGCGCCAGCACAAACAUAUGUUAACUUUCUCCACAGUUUGAACACUGUCAUUGACUAAAGUAGUGAGUACCUGGUGUGGUUAGGAACAGAGAAAGCAAAGGAAAAAAAGUUCAAGAGGAAUGAUUGCGAACAAAUAACAGGGUCUGACUUACUAUACCUUUUACAUGUUGUAACAUAGAUUAUGUGAUACUGUACGUUGUUGUGCAAAAACAGGCUGCUUUAAGAGUGACAUUUUUUAAAUGUAACUGAGCGGCAGCAAACCAAUAAAAAUGCUGCGUCUAGUCUGGAUCAUUCAAUUUUCCAUAUUACAACCCCCCACCUGUUCUAUAACCUCCUCGCUACAACAAUAAACAGCAAGCCUGAGUUGGAGUGGCUGUGUUAAUGAAAAGGCACAGCACAGUAAGGGAUAACCAGGUUGUUAAAAAGCAGAUGUCUGAACCAGUUCACAGAUGGGACUGAUAUUGACAUUGCUGGAGGUGAUAUGUUGUGGCGAAGGCUCAACAUGCAAGUGGAAAAAUGUAUGUGCUCUAAUGAGAUGGUGGCUGGAGCAGUUGGUGGGGAGAAGAGGGGAUAUUUACUCUAUACCAACAACAUAUUCUGCUCAGUGUGAGGAAGACACAGGCGACGUGAGCAAGGAAGGGAGCAUCGUUUCUGAUCAACCAGCUGGUAGGAUUUUCUAUCAGUGAUAAUGCAGUCAGUGGUGCUCCUCCUCAUAGUGGGAAUAGUGGAUCUGAGCAUUGGCCAGCGUUACAGCCCGUUCCAGUGGCUGUCCCAUCUGCGAGGGCGGCGCCGGCACGCUGGCUGGCAGGCCGAGGACGUGGACUGCCCCCUGGAGUGCGACUGCCCCUCAACCUCCUUCACAGCUAUGUACUGUCACAACCGCAACCUUCAGCAUGUUCCCUACAUACCCUCACAUAUUAAGUAUGUCUACCUGCAGCACAACCAGAUCACGGGCAUCCAGGAUGGCGUAUUUGACAAUGCCACCAACUUGGCCUGGGUUGUGUUGUUUCACAACCAGCUCAACUCUGAGAAGAUCGGCAAGAACGUCUUCAGCAAGCUCAAGAACCUGGACCGGUUGCUCUUGGAUCACAAUGAUCUUACCUAUGUGCCUCCCAACUUGCCCAAGUCCAUCACAGACCUGCGACUUGGUCACAACAAGAUCUCCAAAAUCCUCCCCAACUCCUUUGAUGGGAUGGCCAUCCUCACUACCCUUCAGCUACAAGCAAAUGUCAUAGAAGACAUCCAAGGUGCGUUCAAGGGACUGAAGUCUCUGACCUUCCUGGACAUGAGGAAAAACAAGCUGAGGAAAAUCCCUGACAACCUCCCUGAGAGGCUGCAGCAGCUCUACCUGGAGUUUAAUAACAUAGAGAGUGUGCCAGCAGGCUUUUUCACCAUGUAUCCCAAACUGCAGUUUGUCCGGUUGGCUCAUAACAAGCUGACAGAUAAAGGACUUCCAUCCAGUGUCUUCAAUAUCAGCACACUUAUUGAGCUGGACCUGUCCUUCAAUAAACUGGAGAGGAUCCCUGUUGUCAGUGGGAAUCUGGAGAACCUUUAUUUACAAGCCAAUGAAAUCAAAGAGUUCUCCCUGAGCAGCUUCUGCCGUGCAAUCGACAUGACCAACUUCUCCAAGCUGAGAACGCUGCGCCUGGAUGCCAAUGCGAUCAGUGCCAGAGACAUUCCUGCUGAAGCAGCCUACUGUUUGCGCCGUGUCGCCUUUAUUGACGUGUAGUGUCUCC